AUGACAUCGUCCACAGCCGAUGCUUUGGCAGAUCUGGCGGCCGUAUUGGUCGUCUCAACACGCCAAUGGCAGACUGAGAAGUCCACCAAAGCCUCCACGGUUCCAAUUGAAGACGAUAUUCGGGCCAUCGAGGAACAGAUUGAACAAGUCUCUGAUACGGUGAAUCUGUCAACCCCAGAUCGAUCGAAGCUGGAUUCGGUGGGAACGGAAUUGUGGAAUGUCUGGCGCAUCCAUAUGAUGGAAGCAUGCACAGAUGAAGAAGAACGGAAGACAAAGAAUGGCAGAGUGUUGGCCGUGGCCGUUGCACUGCUCGACCUUGCGUCCCCAUCCAAUGCUCCAGGCCAUAUCCGGGUUCUGCAGGUGGCCUUUGAAGGGAGUCGUGUUUGCAUCGAUACCAACCAGCUCGACUGCUCUCUCAAGAUCCUCAAAGCGGCAGCAAAGCGAUUCGAUUCCUUGGAAGGAGAUUCCUCGGCCAUCGAUAAGGUUCAGCUGGACUCUAUCACUGCCGAAUACUACAUGCUUCGGGUGUAUCUGGCUUGGAAACAGGGGCGACCCGAUAUUGCUGAUCACCUUUUUACAAAGGUUCCGUUGAAGGCUACAAUCAAAAAUCGCUCUACUAUUGUUGAGCAAUGUCUCUGCAUUGGUCGGAUGGCACUCGAAACUGACCAGCAUGAAACUUCAGCCAAAUGGCUCGAAAUCGCGCUGGGGCAGUUACAUGAGAAUCAAGAUGAUGAAGCACUGAUUUCAACAGACUUCGACUUCUACAUUCGGCAUCAUCUCGCAUGUGCCUACAGUUUCCUGAGCGCCAAUACCCCCGAGGCAGCCGCAAAGCUCGAGGAUCAAAUGGAUAUACUGAAGACACAGUAUGGAGAGAACCCUGCCGUACAAUACCUCGAGCUAGAGAUGAUGCGAUUAGGGCUGAAUCAGGAGAAUGAUAAAUUCUUUGAGACCAUGAAGGCUGUGAUCAAUCGGCCAGAUUACACUGAGCAGGAAUUCGAAAAUCUCAUUGUGUAUAUCCAAUAUUCGAUGCACCUGAGCUUCUAUCAUGCUUUCGAAAUAUGUCAGUCAUUGCUGAACUCUCUGCCCACCGAGAGGCGUGAAUGGAUAGAAAAUUGCUUCCUUCGACUUCCGCGGAUAGUCGGCACCCUGUCACAUAAGCUCGACAUUCCUGAUGAAUCAUGCAUAGCAGUCAUGAAGGAGGCACUGACCAUCCUUGAAGCGCGGGGAAUCGAAAUGAUGAGCCAGGAAACAACCGAUGCCUUCUUCACGGUCCUUCUGAACCUUCUUGAAGGAUCUGAUGGUAUGUCUUGCCAGCACGUCGUUGAGAAGUGGUGCCAGCUUGCGCUGGAAAGCAAAGUCUUCAAAGGUCGCUUCGUUUCUACCAAUCUGGGUCUUCAGAAGAGUCUGGCCACAGUUUGCUUUGACAACAACAACGUCACUUUGACUCGGCAGAUUUUGGACCAAAUCGUGGUGAAGAAUGACUCGAAGUGUGACCCUGGAGUUCAAGGCCUUCUCUUCAAGCUGGCAUUACACGAUGAGAAGGAUGUAUAUUUGAAGGAUUACCUUUGCGAGUUGUCGAGUCAUUCAUCUCCUUUCGAUCAAUUGAAAUUCCUUCGAAGCUGUGCGGCGGCGGCAGCAGAACUGAAAAACUCGCGGUUGGUGAUCGACUGUAUUCAGGAGUCCAUGAGAUGCACAAUGCUCGUAGAGGAUUUUCCAGAGGAAGUCAUGGUCGAGCAAAACGGUUUCGAAUGCGAAGGGUCGCUCUCAGUGGCCGAGUCCUGUCUAUUUCCACUUUUAUUUCUCUUAAAUGAGAUGGAAAGAGGACAAGAUGUAUCCCAAAUGGAUGUACUGAGCUUGGUGAAUUUAGUUCUAAGAUGGGCCAAGCGAGGACUCGGCAGCACGAGUGUGGCCUUCUCGACUGGCGAGUUGGAGUCGGUUGGUUUGUAUUCGUAUACCUUGGCCGUGCAUGUCUUCAACAUGUUCCACGCGGAGGGCAUCGAGGAAGUCCUCGAAUUCACGAAAGAUAUCUUUGAUCUUUCGAUCCAAAGACAUGAGUCUAUCCAGAGCAUAGAUCCCGAAAUCAUGCCCUCGAAGAGUCAAGAAGAAGGAUCGGAUCAAGAAGAGGGAUCAGACGGGGAAGAAGAAUCAGAUUCCUUACCGCUCGGCCUCAUUGCUUACCGAUUUCUCUAUUUUGAGGCCAAUACACGUGCCUUUUGUGUUCAAACUCAAACCGAUGCAAGCCGCAAGCUUGAACACUACGCAAAAAUCUGUGAGGCCAUCAAAAAAAUUCGAGAUCAGACACCAGAGUACUCCACUUCUCACCCACUGGGUACCAAUGCUCUCGAAAACCUCUUGAUCAUCGAGUUCGAAGCCACUGUUGCUCUGAAACAGUGGAAUGCCCUAACUUCGGUAGUCCGCGAGAGCGAGAAGUUCAUCAAUUCAACCGUUUUCAUUUGUUUGAUGGACUGCAUUGUUACCUUCGAGAUGCCUGAUGAGCACAGGGCUAUCGCUAUCAAGAGAAUGCUGGAAAUUAUUCGCAGAGCUGGGGAAGUCCCUCCGGCUGUUUCAGAUCAGCUCUCAGCCUAUUACCAUUUCUUGUUUACGUUUGCCCUUGCUGCAGCAAAGUCUGAAGAUUCUGCACGGCUUCCUGAGGUUUCUCAAAAAUGGCCGGGCGCAUAUUAUGGCAUGGCCGAGUCAGUCGUUGACGAGUUCCUCCAAUCCACGGGCGAUAUGUCUGACCCCAAGCCGCGCUCCGAUGGCGACGUGUCCCCGGGAGAUUCCUUGCCAGCAGUAUCUUGGCCGUUUGAUCCUUCUACCGAAGAGCAAGAGUACCUUUACCUUGCGAAGUGCUCAUUCAACCAGGCAAUGGACUUUUAUUCAGCGGAGGAUGAUCAGGCUUGUCUGCGGUGGGCUGAGAAGGCUAUUCGGCUAGCGGGGUCGGUGCGCAGUACUGAGGGUGAGGAGCUGGUGAGCCUCUUUCAGAAGCGAUUGGAGGGACUGUUUUAGUGCGAGUAUCAACUAGCACUGUAUUUUUUUUACUCUGUGCUGUGUGGUUUAGGGAUGAGAAAGAGAGGGAGCAGCUGUAUCCGGUUAGCGCUAAACUCCAGCAUCGGACCUGGCUGGCCUAGUAUCUCUAGAAAUCAUUGCAUAAUAAUAUUGAAUAUCAAUUGCUCAGGC